UUAGGGCGUCCAUCUUUAUGCGGGGCGCCUCACACUGACUGACACUGUGCCGUGUGGAGCAUCAAAACACUGCGAGCUACCCGAACACACAAACCUCUGCUGAUCUGACGUCGCUGCUUUUUGUCCUGACAGUUUGACAACAUGUACUUCGGCCGCGGUUUCACCGUCAUCGCCUGCUGGGUGUUGGUCGGGUUGGUUCUGGGUUUAGAAGAUGGCCCGGACCGCCCGGUUAUCGGAGCUCCGGGAUCUCCGGUCCGUCUGGCGGAUUCUGACCCAGGGGUUAUGAAAGCAGUGAAGUUCGCCGAGGAACGAUAUAAUAUGGGCUCCAACGCGAUGCAUAUACGGCGUGUCAGCAAAAUCCUUUCUGCCAGCAAACAGCUGGUGAAAGGUAUCCGGUACAGUAUUAUGGUGGAGAUUGGGAGCACUCAAUGUAAGAAAGCUGCAGAACUGAGCGCUGUGGACACCUGUGACUUCUUCCUAGAGCCUCACAAACAGAAGACUGAGGUUUGUUUGUUCGAGGUUUGGGACAUUCCCUGGGAAAAUAAAUCCACGCUACUUAAACAGAAAUGCCAGCCUGCGGUUUUGAAGGAGCUCAAAAAGGUUGCGGCUGUACCUCUAACCCACAGCAAACCCAUGAAGGAAACUGUGGAGCUUCUGACCAUGUUUAAAAACUUUAUGAUUACAUACAACCGAACAUACAGCUCUCAAGAAGAGGCAGAGAAGCGUUUGCACAUUUUCCAGGAGAAUAUGAAAACCGCACAGACGCUCCAGUCUUUGGAACAGGGAUCAGCUGAGUACGGCAUCACCAAGUUCAGCGACCUCACAGAGGAUGAGUUCAGGAUGAUGUACCUGAACCCAAUGCUGAGUCAGUGGAGUCUGAAGAAAGAGAUGAAGCCUGCGAGUCCAGCCAGCGCACCCGCUCCUGACACCUGGGACUGGAGGGACCACGGAGCGGUCAGUCCUGUGAAGAAUCAGGGGAUGUGUGGCUCUUGCUGGGCAUUUUCUGUGACUGGAAACAUCGAGGGACAGUGGUUCAAGAAAACUGGACAGCUGCUUUCUCUUUCUGAGCAGGAAUUGGUGGACUGUGAUAAGCUGGACCAGGCAUGUGGAGGCGGGCUGCCAUCUAACGCUUAUGAAGCCAUCGAAAACCUUGGAGGUCUGGAGACUGAAACAGACUACAGCUACACUGGACACAAGCAGAGCUGCGAUUUCGCCACAGGGAAAGUGGCCGCCUACAUUAAUAGCUCAGUGGAGCUGCCCAAAGAUGAGAAGGAGAUUGCUGCUUUUCUGGCUGAGAAUGGUCCGGUGUCUGCUGCCCUCAACGCUUUUGCCAUGCAGUUCUACAGAAAGGGAGUUUCUCAUCCUCUGAAGAUCUUCUGCAACCCGUGGAUGAUUGAUCAUGCUGUGCUGCUUGUGGGAUUCGGACAACGUAAUGGCGUUCCCUUCUGGGCCAUCAAGAACAGCUGGGGAGAGGAUUAUGGAGAGCAGGGUUACUAUUACCUGUAUAGAGGAUCCGGACUGUGUGGAAUCAACAAGAUGUGCUCAUCUGCAGUUGUAAAUUAGACACACACACAUGUAUACAUGGUUUACAGGGACAUUCCAUAGACGUAAUAUACUUUAUACAGUAGAAAACACUUAUUAUAUGGCCCUAAAACUCAACCCUCAGAGGAAACCCAAUGACAAAUUUUAAUGUCAAAAUAAUUAGUCAAAUAUGGUUUUUAAGCGUUCUGAAUUACAGGGACAUGAGGUAAUAGAGUACUAGGUAAUAUUUGUACUCUGUUGUGGUAAAACUACCUUAAAAGAGUACAAAUAAGUCCUUCCCACAUCGUUAUACAAGGUUGUGUCCCUGUAAACCACAUAAACCUGUACACACACACACAGCAUGGACACAAAAGCAAUUGAAAAGCGCUCAGUCAUGAACAUGUGAUGAUCCGAUUUAGUACAGAGUUCACAUUCGUCAUGUGACCCGCAAACACAACAGUGUAAAACGUGCAUUCUGCACAUAUUUCAUCCAUAUAAGCACAUUAUUCUCAAUAACCCAAACAUGUGAAGCAUUUCUCUCUGUGUGCUGUUUGCUGUUACAUACCCUGCUAAACAUGGGUUGUAUUCUCACACUAGCCCGACUGACCAUACCUCAGACCCUCAUGUGCAGUGAUAUUAAGGACACAGCAGAAAAACCAAAUAGCACAAAACUGACCGCACAUCGUUUACCGCGUUACUAAUAUAACCACUGCACAUGCUAUUGUGAUUUUAUAGUGUUUUACUCUGCUUAGUUUUUGUGGACUAAUGUUUAAUUAAAACUCUUCAUUUUAAUCCUGCUGAAUAGAUUAAUGAAUCAUUUUAAUGCAUUAUUAAUAUUAUUAAGCGAUUGAACACUGGAUUUUUGCGUUAUCUCUUGUGAUCAUUCCGUUAAAUAUGAGCAGGGCUGUUUUCCCCCCACUCAUUUUCCUCAUUUUUGAUCAUAUUUAGCUGCUGAUUGUUCUUUCAAGUGGAAGAUUAGUUUGAAGUUUGCUUUGUUGUUAGAAAUGCUUAAUAAUUUUCUCAUUUGCUGUACUGUUUAAACUGGCUGUAACUCUCAAUGCAAUUAUAUAGUGGAAUUGCUGAAUAAACAACCAAACAUCUCA